AUCUCGAAAAGUACCAAUGGCAACAAGGAUGUUCAGUCGCUGGCGCCUUCUAGCUCCAUCUCUUUCACGGAUUCGAUUUCUAGCCGACCACGCCCCCGCAGCGAGCUCUAUACCCAAAAUGACUGUCCGCGAUGCUAUCAACACAGCCAUGGAUGAAGAGAUAGAGCGAGACGAACGUGUUUUCUUGAUGGGUGAAGAAGUGGCGCAAUAUGACGGCGCCUAUAAGGUGAGUAAAGGACUGUGGAAGAAAUGGGGCGACAAGCGAGUCAUUGACACGCCAAUCUCGGAAAUGGGAUUCACAGGGUUGGCUGUGGGAGCUGCUAUGGCUGGACUCCGACCCAUAUGUGAGUUCAUGACAUUCAACUUCUCAAUGCAAGCAAUCGAUCAAGUUAUCAACUCGGCCGCGAAAACAUUCUACAUGUCUGCGGGUGAAGUUCACGUUCCGAUCGUGUUUCGUGGACUCAAUGGAGCUGCAGCAGGCGUCGCUGCCCAGCAUUCGCAAUGUUUUGCAGCUUGGUAUACUCACGUGCCAGGACUGAAGGUUUUGUCACCAUUUAAUGCAGAAGAUGCGAAGGGUUUGUUGAAGGCUGCUGUUCGAGAUCCCAACCCUGGUGAUGCAUAUAGCAUAUCUGAUAAUCAUACAUACGAUUAUGUUGUGAUGAUAGAGAGAGAGAUGUGUGUGUUGUGUGUUUCAGUUGUGUUUCUUGAGAAUGAGAUCAUGUAUGGACAAUCGUUUGAGAUGUCAGAGGAGGCAAUGAGCAAGGAUUUUUUACUUCCCAUUGGCAAGGCAAAGAUAGAACGACCGGGAAAUCAUGUGACUUUGGUCGCUCAUUCGUUGAGUGUUCAGAAGUCUCUUCAAGCAGCAGAUGAAUUAGCGCAACAUGAAAUUGAGUGUGAGGUAAUAAAUCUUCGUACGCUACGACCAAUGGACACUCAGUGCAUCAUCGACUCUGUGAAGAAAACCAACCAUCUCAUCACCGUCGAGGCCGGAUGGCCUCAGUGUGGCAUCGGAUCUGAAAUAUGUGCUACGAUUAUGGAAAGCGAGGCGUUUGACUAUCUCGAUGCUCCAGUCGUUCGAGUCACUGGAGCUGAUGUGCCGAUGCCGUAUGCGAAGGAUUUAGAGCUGAACGCAUUGCCACAAGUCGACAACAUCAUCAAGUCAGCAAAGAAACUACUGAAUCUAGAAUAGUACAACUUCUUGUAGCAUUGAAAUCGACUAAUUCUAUGUAUGCUGUCACAUCAAUUUGAUUCAUUUCAGUUUUUACAAAUGACACUGCUAGCGCGCGUUAACUUUCUAUCAAAAUCAUAAAAGAUGGCGGCUAGACCA